GAGUAGGAGCAUUGGUGUAAUAAUAUACCAUGUGUUUUAUAAAUCUCUGACUUCAUUCCUCAAUUAUUCGUGACAAGGUUUUUCUCACGUAGGCGCAACGUCGCGGCUCUGUUCAGAAUAUAUUUCGCUUCUGGAACAAUCGAAGACUGAUAAUUAAACGUGAUAUUUAUAAAAUUUACUAAAUAUGUUGUUGUGCCAUUUGCUAGUUCCUUUUUUCGCUUUUCUUUGUGUUUCCUAUGUAUCGUGUGAAGUUUUUACCGCCUUAGCAGAUUUGGAAGAAUUGCUGGACACGGAAAAAGUUAUUAUAGAUACAUUAAAAAAUUACAUCAAAGCAGAAGAGCAAAAGGUUGAGUUAUUGAAACGAUACGCGGACAUAUACGAAAUCCAACAUAAUAGGGCUACUGAAGAUGUUCAGACGUAUGUUUCGAAUCCUAUAAAUGCCUAUACGUUAGUGAAGCGGUUGACCACAGAUUUGACUGAACUAGAGAAUCUUAUGGGAUCACAGAUUAGUAGAGACUAUUUAACUAAUAUUAGCUAUUUUAAGGAGAGCCGAUUGUUUCCUACCGACGAAGAUCUUAAUGGUGCUGCUGUAGCUUUAACUCGAUUACAGGAUACCUAUAGGUUAGACACAUCUUCACUAGCCAGGGGCGAAUUGAAUGGAAUUAAGUACAGUGCUGAACUGACUGCAGCUGACUGUUUUGAACUGGGACGACAGAGUUACAAUAACGGUGAUUAUUACCACACUUUAUUGUGGAUGACCGAAGCCAACGAAAGGUUGCGUAAGGAAGCCAACCAAACGAUACAUCAGAGUGAUAUUUUGGAAUAUUUAGCAUUUUCUACUUAUAAACAGGGUAAUAUACAUCUAGCUUUAGAUCUAACAAAUAAGCUUUUGGAGAUAGUUCCAACACAUCCGAGGGCGUUAGGAAAUAAGGUUUAUUACGAAGACGAGCUACAGAAAUCAAUCAGUUCGCCUAAAAAGAAAGGCGAUGAUGAAUCCGAAGAUAUACAACAGCAAGACGAGGUGCAUGUGCCUUCUGAUCCGUAUGGAAGAGAACAUUAUGAAAGAUUGUGUAGAGGGGAAAUCAAAAUGCCUGCUGAUUUAGAAGCCAAACUGAAAUGUCGGUAUGUUACCAACAACAAUCCUUUCUUAAAGAUCGCACCUUUCAAAGUGGAAGAAGCGUUCAUAAACCCAAAUCUGUACAUUUUCCACGACGUUAUGGGAGACAAAGAAAUUGAAACAGUCAAACGUCUGGCCCGACCUAAAUUCCAAAGAGCUACAGUACAAAAUUCGGUAACAGGGGAAUUAGAAAUAGCCCACUAUAGAAUCAGUAAAUCCGCGUGGUUAAAAGAACACGAGCAUCAACAUAUAGCCGAUAUUGCUCAAAGAGUCGAAGAUAUGACUGGCCUGUCGAUGGCAACAGCUGAAGAAUUACAAGUUGUUAACUACGGUAUAGGCGGCCAUUACGAACCUCACUUCGAUUUCGCGAGAAAAGACGAGAAAAAUGCCUUCAAAAGUUUAGGAACCGGAAACAGAAUAGCUACGGUUUUGUUCUACAUGAGUGACGUGCCACAAGGUGGAGCCACUGUUUUUCCUAUCGUCGGUGCUGCCCUCUGGCCCAAAAAAGGAUCAGCUGCUUUCUGGCACAACCUUCAUCCUAGUGGCGAUGGCGAUGUUUUGACCAGACACGCCGCCUGUCCUGUUUUGGCAGGUUCUAAAUGGGUGUCGAAUAAAUGGAUCCACGAAGUAGGUCAAGAAUUUAGAAGACCCUGUACACUAGAAAGACCUCCUGAAGAUCUACGUGCGUAGGUUACUAUUAUCGUGGAGUAAGUAAUCUCGAAGACUUAGAUCUUGUUUCUUGCCAAAUAUCGUAGUUUUUUACUUUAAGUUUUAAUACUUUCAGUUUUGAUGCAGUGCAAUAGUUUUGUGUGAUGCAAUAAUAUAUAUCUAAUAAUAGGACAACAGUUAAAAACUGGACAUCAAUAGUAUCCUCUAAAUGCCAAGAAGUUUGUUGUUUCUUCUCUUCUUAUUGCGCCGUCUACUUUCGAAGGCUAGCGAUCCAAAUAGCAAUUGUAGCUUUGGAAACUGCUGCACGAAAGAUUUCUGUGGAUGAGCAGUCAAACCAUCUCCUCAGGUCUUUCGCCCCGAGUUUUGGCAUCUUUCAACUGAUCUUUUGCCCUGCAUUUUACCUUCCAAUAUGAUUUGGAGUAAUUUAUAUCUUUCACCUCUAAACAUGUGACUCAAGCAUUGUAUUUUCCUCUCUUUGAUUAUGUUGUUUAAAUAUGACAAAAUAUUUUUGAUAGAAAAACACGAAAAAAAUUUUUAGUUGAUUAUCUGGAUAGAAAUUCGUAUUGUUUAUACUUCGUACUAUAUGAACUAUAUACUAUAUGAACGAAAACUUCGUUCUUUUGAACCCUACUUAUAGUCAGGCAUACGGUUUUCCGGGUCUUUUGUGAACUAUCUUGUGGCACUUAUUUGGAUUUAUAGAUUGGUAGCCAUGGUGUUUAACUUAUUUUUUUACAUAUAAUUCAAUUACUUUUUGUGUUAACACUAAGCUCAUUAUUGAUGUCCAGUUCUCAGUUAAUGGAUACAUCAUCAACAUCCUGUUAGGUGCUGAUCUUUCUUUAGGUAUCGUAGAUACCGACUUAUUUUAGACAAUUUAAUGGGUGCAAGGUUAGUUUUUUUUUAGUAAUUAAUAACAAGUAAUUUUUUAAGCAAAGUAGUUAUUGGAAUGGAAUUUUAACCUCAAACAGAUAUCUUAUCUGUUGUACUAUAUGGAUAUGAUACCUGUCUGAGGUAAUAAUUAUAUUCAAAUAGAAGUGUAUUUAUUAGCACCCCUACAUAAAUUUUCUAAAAUAAUUUGGUAUCUCUAUAUAUGGUAUCUAUAUAUAAAUAUUUGGUAUACAGUCACAACCAGUAUAGAACAUUUAUGGUAUCUUCGAAACUCUAUUAUUGCUUAAAUUCUUUUAAAAUCUAAAAUAGCAACAGUUAUUAAAGAGGAAGAAAAAGGACUAAAAACGUGGCUUAGAAAGUACCGCAAUUAAACAGAAGAAGUAUAAGAAAAACAAGAUAGUAAGUUAUGUAGAAAUGGUUGAAGGAAGUAUUGGUACUUGGAGAACGAAAAAGCAGAAAAUAUUAUUUGCAAGUACAGUGAAUAAAGUGAUUAAAUACAACACUAAUAUUUAAAGUAACUUAAACUUAAAAAUAGAAAUCAUGGAUUAAAAGGACUUCUUGUUAUAGUGCGUUGGCGAAUUAUAAGGCCAGAUACAUCUAUCUUUUGCGACAUGUAAAAGCUUGCCAGUGUUAUUUAUGCCUGUCCAGUUCUUUAUGUUUCGUAUCCACGACCUUUGUUUGCGACCUUCUCCUCUCUUGUCUCUCUUAAAAUGACUAUAU